CGCGCGACCCAGCGAGCGGCGCUCGGGGGCCCAAGGCGGCUGUGGCUAGGCGGGUCCGCGCUCCUGGGCUCCUCGGCGUGACGGCCGCGCCCGCUUUCUUCCAGCCAGCCGCCGAGACCGCUCCCGGGACGCAAAGAUGCCGGCCGUAUCCAAGGGCGAGGGGAUGCGAGGCCUAGCGGUCUUCAUCUCCGACAUCCGCAACUGUAAAAGUAAAGAAGCUGAGAUAAAGAGGAUAAACAAGGAACUGGCAAAUAUUAGAUCAAAAUUUAAAGGUGACAAGGCUCUUGAUGGCUACAGUAAAAAGAAGUAUGUCUGCAAGUUGCUCUUCAUCUUUCUACUUGGUCAUGACAUUGACUUUGGACACAUGGAAGCUGUGAAUCUUCUGAGCUCAAACAGAUACACAGAAAAGCAGAUUGGCUACCUUUUCAUCUCUGUAUUGGUGAACUCGAAUAGUGAACUGAUCCGCUUGAUUAACAACGCCAUCAAGAAUGACCUUGCCAGCCGCAACCCCACGUUUAUGGGCCUGGCCCUGCAUUGCAUCGCCAAUGUGGGGAGCCGUGAGAUGGCAGAGGCCUUCGCUGGAGAGAUCCCCAAGAUCCUCGUGGCAGGAGACACCAUGGAUAGUGUGAAGCAGAGCGCAGCUCUUUGCUUGUUGCGCCUGUACAGGACAUCGCCUGACCUAGUUCCCAUGGGCGACUGGACAUCUCGCGUGGUACACCUCCUCAAUGACCAGCACUUGGGGGUAGUGACUGCUGCAACUAGCCUCAUCACCACACUGGCCCAGAAGAAUCCUGAGGAGUUCAAGACCUCUGUCUCCCUAGCCGUCUCCCGACUGAGCAGAAUUGUGACGUCUGCAUCAACAGAUCUUCAGGACUAUACUUAUUACUUUGUCCCAGCUCCUUGGCUGUCAGUCAAACUUCUGAGACUGCUGCAGUGCUACCCACCCCCAGAAGACCCUGCGGUGCGUGGCCGCCUGACUGAGUGCUUGGAGACCAUCCUGAACAAGGCCCAGGAGCCACCCAAGUCCAAGAAGGUCCAGCAUUCAAAUGCCAAGAACGCUGUGCUGUUUGAGGCCAUCAGCCUGAUCAUCCACCAUGACAGUGAGCCAAACUUGCUUGUCCGUGCCUGCAACCAACUGGGCCAGUUCCUGCAGCACCGAGAGACAAACCUGCGCUACCUGGCUCUGGAGAGCAUGUGCACGCUGGCCAGCUCUGAGUUCUCUCAUGAGGCCGUCAAGACCCACAUUGAGACUGUCAUCAAUGCCUUGAAGACGGAACGAGACGUGAGUGUGCGGCAGCGGGCGGUGGAUCUGCUCUACGCCAUGUGUGACCGCAGCAAUGCCCAGCAGAUUGUGGCUGAGAUGCUGAGCUACCUAGAGACGGCUGACUAUUCCAUCCGAGAGGAAAUUGUGCUGAAGGUGGCCAUCCUGGCUGAGAAGUAUGCAGUGGACUACACUUGGUAUGUGGACACCAUCCUCAACCUCAUCCGCAUUGCAGGGGACUAUGUGAGCGAAGAGGUGUGGUACCGUGUCAUCCAGAUUGUCAUCAACCGUGAUGAUGUACAGGGUUAUGCUGCCAAAACGGUGUUUGAGGCAUUGCAGGCUCCAGCGUGUCAUGAGAACUUGGUCAAAGUGGGCGGCUACAUCCUGGGGGAGUUUGGAAACUUGAUAGCUGGGGACCCACGAUCCAGCCCUCUGAUCCAGUUCAACCUGCUCCACUCCAAGUUCCACUUGUGCAGCGUCCCCACCCGGGCACUCCUGCUAUCCACCUACAUCAAGUUCGUGAACCUCUUUCCAGAGGUAAAGGCUACCAUUCAGGACGUGCUGCGCAGUGACAGCCAGCUGAAGAACGCAGACGUGGAGCUGCAGCAGCGGGCUGUGGAGUACCUGCGGCUGAGCACUGUUGCCAGCACUGACAUCCUGGCAACUGUCCUGGAAGAAAUGCCACCCUUCCCUGAGCGAGAAUCCUCCAUCUUGGCCAAGCUGAAGAAGAAGAAGGGCCCGAGCACAGUGACUGAUCUGGAGGAGACCAAGCGUGAGCGAAGCAUAGAUGUGAACGGGGGCCCUGAGCCUGUUCCAGCCAGCACCAGUGCUGCGUCUACACCUUCUCCGUCAGCAGACCUGCUGGGUCUGGGGGCCGUUCCCCCUGCUCCCACAGGCCCUCCUCCCUCCUCUGGCGGUGGGCUACUGGUGGACGUGUUCUCAGACUCAGCUUCGGCAGUUGCACCUCUUGCACCCGGCUCUGAAGACAACUUUGCCAGGUUUGUUUGUAAAAACAAUGGUGUAUUGUUUGAAAACCAGCUGCUUCAAAUUGGACUUAAGUCAGAAUUUCGGCAAAAUUUAGGCCGAAUGUUCAUAUUUUAUGGUAACAAGACCUCUACACAGUUCCUAAACUUCACUCCAACACUAAUCUGUGCUGACGACCUUCAGGCUAAUCUGAACCUGCAGACCAAGCCUGUGGACCCAACGGUGGAUGGGGGUGCUCAGGUGCAACAGGUGGUCAACAUUGAGUGUAUAUCUGAUUUCACAGAGGCUCCUGUCCUCAACAUCCAGUUCAGGUAUGGUGGAACCUUCCAGAAUGUGUCUGUUAAGCUUCCCAUUACUCUCAACAAAUUUUUCCAGCCCACAGAAAUGGCUUCUCAGGAUUUCUUUCAGCGUUGGAAGCAGUUGAGCAAUCCACAGCAAGAAGUGCAGAAUAUCUUCAAAGCAAAGCAUCCGAUGGAUACAGAGAUCACUAAAGCAAAGAUUAUUGGAUUUGGUUCUGCACUUCUUGAGGAAGUUGAUCCAAACCCUGCAAAUUUUGUGGGUGCUGGCAUAAUACAUACCAAAACCACCCAGAUCGGCUGCUUGCUGCGCCUGGAGCCAAAUCUGCAAGCUCAGAUGUACCGACUCACCCUGCGGACCAGCAAAGACACCGUCUCUCAGAGGCUAUGUGAAUUGCUGUCGGAACAGUUCUAAUCCACAGACCAGAAGAUCAGGCUUUUUGUUUGUGCGUCUCUCUCGUCUGUACUGUUUGUCUUUGUACCACACUGCAGAUAAACACCCCUGUCUGAAAACUGCCACUCAAGGCCCUUCCAGUCCUGCACCUACAGCCAGCCCCUGGGUGUGGAGGACAUGCAGGACACAGUUUGAGAAGGGCUGCAGCAGGCCUGCCCCAUCAAAGAAGGGUGCCUGGGCCUGGAAAAUCAAGGCAGCCCUAUGGGUCAACCUACAAAUUAAAGGGAAAUUAGAAGUUUGAACGAAAGUGGAAAUUUUGUUCAACUUUUAUUAAAAUGCCACUGGCUUAAUCUCA